AUGCCUGAGAUCCGACUCCUCAUGGCACUCCCCCGCCCUCUUCUGCUGGUGCUGAUGGUCAUGGUAUGGUUGCCCCUUCCAUCCUCUAUGCCCGUCAACUCAGGGCUGACGGAGACGAGUGUGGGCGUGAGCUGCUGUACGUCGAACCUUGCUCCACACAUCUUGAUUGUACACCUGCGCGGAGGAAAGAAGAGCAAGGCAAGGAUUAUUCACAACUGGAAGCCAAAGCACAAACGAGAGGGUGAGAAUCCUCUACAGAUCAACAAAGCUCAUAGAAAGAGAAGGAAGGAAAAACAGAAUGAGAAGGCAAAAAGAAAGCUGAAGAACGUACUGGCAUCAUGCAAGAUGGAGGAUCGCGAGAACUAUCACGAGAUCGGCUUGAUAGACAACCCGCAGUACACACAUCAGUUCAUUUCAAAGAAGCAAGACAUUCUGAGAGGCAAGCUGCCGGAGAACAUCGAUGAUAAUCUUGAGCCACAUGAGAUGGAGGAGCUGACAAUGAGCAGGAAACCCUACACAGGGGGGCUGGACGAUGGAUCGAAGGCGAUCGAUACCAAAGGGAAUGAUGAAAUUCUGAUGACAAACCAACUGGACAACGACGAAGAAUUGUUAUGGGACGAUCUUGUUCAAGGUGCUCAUGAUCUUCUGGAGACGGCAGAUGUUUUGAAAGACCCUAAACAAUUCUCUGAAGGAGAUAUUGUGAAAUACAGGGAAUCUGACGGGACUUUCAGAAUGGCUGAGAUCGUUUCUAUUGACAGGUCGAUCAUCCCGCAUUCGUACGGCAUUCGACUUGAGGGGAGGAUCAGGGAGACGGUCGAGGAGAGAAUUGAGAGAAUAUCAGCACCUGACAAGAAGAACGCCAAUGAAACUGCCCUCGUGUCAAUGAAGAUUGACCCAUCAGAGCGAUUCUAUGACUUUGAGCGAGGGGUCUUCUUGCACCCUCUGCUGAGAGAAGCGAACAUGAAGCGAAGGAUGAAACGAGAGUCUGGGGACUGGCAGAACCAUACCCUGAUCCCGAUGAGAAAUGUGAGGGCCAAAAACGUAAACAUGAGGGUGCAAGGAAAGUCCGCGGGUGGAAUAAUGAACGGCCAAGCAUCAAGUACUCUGGAAAAUGAAGACAGCGAUGAGGCGUUGGAGCGCGUGUUGGACUACACCCGGCAUGCAAAGCGCAAGCAGAUCCUUGAAGCAAAGGCACACGAAAGAGAGUAUCAGCGCAAAUGCGGAAUCUCUGAAGCGAUUCGACCACGUGGCCACGCCAAGAUAAGACAGGACCACCGAUUCCGACGUUACAACCGGUAG